AUGGCCACCGCAACCGGCGCGCAAUUGAUCGCGCGGACACUACGGGAUCUAGGUGUCACCGUGAUCUUCGGAAUCGUUGGUAUCCCCGUCGUGGAGAUAGCCGAAGAAGCCAUCAAUCUGGGGAUUCGAUUCGUCGCGUUCCGCAACGAGCAGGCAUGUAGCUAUGCUGCGAGUGUUUAUGGAUACAUGACGGGGCGGCCCGGUGUUUGUCUUGUUGUUGGAGGACCGGGGGUUCUUCAUGCGUUGGCGGGUAUUGGCAACGCCACAGCAAACAACUUCCCACUAAUCGUUCUCGCGGGCUCGGCAGAAACCAACAACGUGACGAAAGGCUCCUUUCAAGAGAUGGACGCCAUCUCGUUCCUAACACCACAUACCAAACUCGCCGUCCGCGCAUCCACCCUCGACUCCAUCCCUGGCUCCGUGCAAAACGCCUACAGGACAUGCUGGUACGGUCGGCCGGGCCCGACAUACGUCGAUCUCCCCGCCGAUAUCAUCCAGGGAAAUGCGCCAGCCAGUCUUGCGGUCCCGCCUCCUGAGAAGAUACUACUCCCAUCUCCGCCCAGGGCAAGCGGUGACCCGAAGAUGAUAUUAAAAGCCGCGCAGUUGCUGAAGAGCGCAAAAGCACCGUUGCUGGUUAUCGGAAAGGGUGCUGCAUAUGCGCGCGCGGAGGCUGGGAUUAGGAAGCUUGUUGAGCACACGCAGGUGCCUUUCUUGCCGACGCCGAUGGGGAAGGGUGUUAUUCCAGAUUCGCACCCUCUGAAUGCAUCGAGUGCACGCAGUGCGGCGCUGAAACAUUCGGAUGUCGCGCUUGUUCUUGGGGCGAGGUUGAAUUGGAUUUUGCACUUUGGAGAGCCGCCGAAGUGGUCGCCCAAGGCGAAGAUUAUUCAGGUGGAUAUAUGUGCGGAGGAGAUUGGAAGGAAUGCGGGGACUGCAGAGCUGGGGAUUGUUGGGGAUAUUGAUCUCGUGGUUGAGCAGUUGCAGCAUGCGUUGGCGAAUUGGCGAUAUACGCCGUCGCCGUUGUCUGCGGGAGGGCAGCCCUUCCCAGUACUGCUGGCUGAAUCGGCGAAGAAGAAUGAGGCUAAGGCACAGAAGGCAGCACUUUUCAAGACACCAUCUUCUUCACCGUUGACCUACCAGCGUGCAUACCAUAUCAUCAAAUCGACUCUGAACACACUGACACCCCCAGAAGCUGGAGACGUUGUCUACGUCUCUGAAGGUGCCAAUACCAUGGACAUCUCCCGUUCAGUCUUCCCUCUCUACCACCCCCGUCAGCGCCUAGAUGCAGGUACCUACGCAACUAUGGGUGUGGGAUUGGGCUACAUCAUUGCGGCGCAUGAGGCCUUUAAUGCAUCUGCGUCGCCCGGUACUACGCUAUCCGCAGCAGCCAAGCCAAAGAAGAUCAUCGCACUGGAAGGAGACAGCGCCUUUGGAUUCAGCGCGAUGGAAAUCGAAACCAUGGCACGCUACCGUAUCCCCGCACUCAUCUUCGUCAUGAAUAACUCCGGCAUCUACCACGGGGACAGCACGAGCGAGGAUUCCUGGCGAUCUCUACAAGACCAAACAGUCAUAAAUGACACGAAGCCAUCCAGCCCCGCAGAGGAAGGGAAGAAGGGACUACGCUCUACAAGUCUUCUGUACGAGACCCGAUAUGAACAACUGGCGACGAUGUGUGGUGGAAAGGGGUACUUUGCGCGUACCGAGGAGGAACUGGAGAAGGCUACCAAGGAGGGAUUCCUGAGUGAUAAUGUUACGGUUGUGAACGUGGUUAUUGAGCCGGGGAUUGGGAAGAAGAUUGGAUUUGCGUGGCAGGGAAAUAACAAUAAGCAGGAAGCGAAGCUAUAG